CAACCGACCAAAAGACACAUUUAGGAUCCAACGUUGCUUUGGGGUCUGAAUGAGUCGCUGAAUUGUUUGAUUGCUAAUAAAAGAAUCCAAAUCUUAAAGAAAAACACAGUGAAAAAGCUACUAGGAGUAGUACAAUUGAGGAGACUAUAAUGCUGAUCAACUGUUUGAUGAAUGUUCCUCCUAAGCUCCUUCUUUACUUCUACUUCAAUUCUUGUCUCCUUAUUUGUCAUUGAGAAAAUGGAUGGAUUGUAUCUUUCACCCACCUCCAUUAUCCUCGCCAGAAUCUUCUGCUGUUGCUAUUCCCUUCUUUUAGUAUUCCAUUUGACGUCCUCUUUUCAUCAACCUCCUUCUCUGUUUCAACGACCAUGAUCUUCCCCCUUAACCCUCUCAUUGGAUCUCAACAGCAGAUCCACUGUCACUACCCAUUCAGCUUUUUCUCUUUCAGUUUCUCUUCUUCAUGGACCCUGCUACCUCUCGCCCUGGUGUAGUCAUCGACAAUGGAACCGGGUACACUAAAUUGGGUUUUGCUGGAAAUGUGGAGCCAAGUUUCAUUGUACCAACAGUGGUUGCGGUUAACGAGUCAUUUGUGAACCAGACUCGAGCCACUACUAAGAGUAGCAAUUGGCUAGCCCAGCACAGUGCAGGUGUUAUGGCGGAUCUGGAUUUCUUUAUUGGGGAAGAGGCAUUGGCUAGAUCUAAAUCUAGUAGUAACACUUAUAAUCUUACCUAUCCUAUUAAAAAAGGUCAGGUUAAUAACUGGGAUGUGAUGGAGCGUUUCUGGCAACAGUGUAUAUUUGAUUACCUUCGUUGUGAUCCGGAGGAUCACUAUUUUCUAUUAACUGAGAGCCCCAUGACUGCACCUGAAAGUCGAGAAUAUACUGGUGAGAUCAUGUUUGAGACUUUCAAUGUACCGGGGCUUUAUAUUGCUGUGCAACCGGUGCUUGCUUUGGCUGCUGGUUACACUACAUCUAAGUGUGAAAUGACUGGAGUCAUAGUGGAUAUUGGAGAUGGUGCUACUCAUGUCGUACCUGUUGCUGAAGGUUAUGUUAUUGGGAGUAGCAUUAAGUCAAUCCCCAUUGCUGGGAAAGAUGUUACACUCUUCAUUCAACAGCUCAUGAGGGAAAGGGGGGAGCAUGUUCCACCUGAGGAUUCCUUUGAAGUAGCCCGGAAAGUCAAGGAAAUGUAUUGUUACACUUGCUCAGACAUUGUCAAGGAGUUUAAUAAGCAUGACAAAGAGCCAGGGAAGUACAUAAAGCAUUGGAGAGGUACUAAACCAAAGACAGGAGCACCUUAUUCAUGUGACAUUGGCUAUGAACGAUUUCUUGGUCCCGAGGUUUUCUUCAAUCCCGAGAUGUAUAACAGUGAUUUUACAACUCCUUUACCCGAUGUGAUAGACAAAUGUAUUCAGUCUGCGCCUAUAGACACAAGAAGAGCUUUAUAUAAGAAUAUUGUUUUAUCUGGAGGAUCCACGAUGUUCAAAGACUUCCAUAGAAGAUUGCAACGAGAUCUCAAGAAGAUUGUGGAUGCUCGCGUUCUGGCAUCAGAUGCUCGGUUAGGUGGAAAUGUAAAAGCACAACCAGUUGAAGUGAAUGUGGUCAGCCAUCCUAUUCAGAGAUAUGCAGUUUGGUUUGGAGCAUCUGUACUUGCUUCAACUCCUGAAUUUUUUGCAGCUUGCCAUACAAAGGCUGAAUAUGAGGAAUAUGGGGCUAGCAUAUGUCGCACAAACCCUGUAUUUAAGGGAAUGUAUUGAUACUGAAAUGAUUCGAAUUCCAAUUUCAGUGAAAGUGUUUCUCAUCGUCAUGUUCGCCUCCCAACAGCCUGAUCCUUGCCCUACUGCUCAGCUUCGGUUUGAAAUCCUACAUCUGUGAGCGGCUGUGUAUGUUAAGUUAACAGGUCAUCAGAGACAGUGUAUUGUAGAUUUGGGAGCACAUCUGUCCUGGGCCUGGACGAUAUGAUUGUGAGUGUCAUUGGCACUUCAAUAGCAGAUAAGUUUCACAGACCAAUUGAACAUUACCUGAGCUGAAUGUCGUUUUCCGAGUGUUUGGUUCAGUCUGAGGUUCACAAGUAUACUUAGUUUAGAAUGCAAGAUAAUAAGCUCUCAUACGAUUUGGUGUCAUCGUUUUAGCUUGUUGGGAUUUGAUUAGAGAAUUGUAGGAUCACUUAUAUCCUUUUUGUUAAAAUUGAAAUUCUGAAUGUUAUAUAUAGCUACUCUUGUACAUUUUAUUCACUGUUGGGGAACCCUCUUUAUUCUUUUCCAGGAAUACUGUAUCCUAAUGGAUUUUUGUCCAGCUGAAGAUAAUUCUUUAUUUUGUGUUUGCUUGUUACUGUUUGUAUUUAUGGAAGUGAAACAUCAGCACUUUUGAGUUCC